GCGGCGCGUCUGUCGUGGGUAGUUCGGAGCUGCAGGGUCGUUUGAGCUCACUCGUGCCUCACGCUCAAGGUGUAAGCGCAGAAUCGCGCCACGGAACGUGAGACCGAGUUCCCACAGCCCGCUGAAACUGAAGACAGGAGCUUUCCGAUGUGUCCUUCUAAUGCUGUCUAAUUUUCAUACUUGGAAGCUGCCCCCAUUUCACCCGUAUGCCGUAGUCUUGAAAUGCUGAAUCAGAAAUGAAGGGGAAACGGCAAAAUCGUGUGUUUACACAUCUGUUCGCCAGAAAGUUUCUCAAAGAAAUGCCGGACCUGCGCAAGCGUGGAUGUGGUCUCACACCAUGACAGUACAAGACUACCAAGACCUCAUAGAUCGUGGGUGGAGGAGAAGUGGGAAAUAUGUGUAUAAGCCCAUAAUGAACAAGACAUGCUGUCCACAGUAUACCAUCAGGUGUCAUGCACUGAAAUUUCAACCUUCCAAAUCCAACAAGAAAAUAAUGAAGAAGUUGAGCAAAUUCAUCUCCAAAGGGGAAUUACCAACAGGACAGGAUGAUGCCGAGCCAAUGGACUCCGUGUGCGGAGAAGCAGGUCCACGGGAACUGAGCAAAGUCUGUCACGCAGAAGUGAAGUGUGCUGCUGUCACAGACAUCCAGAAGGAAGUAGCAGAAUGUCCUGCUAUCACAGAAGUUGAGAAGGAGGCAGCGGAUGCUGCACCUACAGGCUCAGAAACAUCAAGGAAGGAUCAAGUGUCUGUCCUAGAUGGACCAACAACAGCCACACCUACAAAACAAGGGAUUGGAGCUGAUCCGAGUCGGCCGCCAUGUCGGAAGGCCAAAGACUUGAGGAAGGAGCGACGUCUCCAGAAGGAUCAGAUGAGACAACAACACACUGAUGGAGUCUCUUCCAUCGACUCUCCUACCCCAUCCACUCCCACUCAGACCAGCCAACCCAAAACCCUAGAAGAUUUCAUCUAUGAGUCUUUUCCUGACAACUCUUCUCAUUGCCUUGAGGUGAGGCUAGUGCGCUCCACUCCCCCUAGCCCGCAGUUCACAGCCUCUUUCGACGCCUCCUACCAGGUGUACAAACUCUACCAGAUGGCCAUUCACAAGGACCCUCCCGACAAACCCUCUGAGAGCCAGGUGAGGCUAGUGCCGGUCAGCUUUGAAGACCCACAAUUCGCAGCAUCCUAUCAGCAGUCGGUGGCACUGUACGCCCGCUAUCAGAUGGCCAUUCAUGGUGAUGACCCCAGCGAAUGUAGUGAGAGCGAGUUCCGGAGAUUUCUCUGUGAUUCACCACUAGAGGCAGAAUACUCUCCCGAUGGGCCUGAGGUGGGCUACGGCUCCUUCCAUCAGCAAUACUUGCUGGAUGGACGCAUCGUGGCUGUGGGGGUGAUCGAUAUCCUGCCCACCUGUGUGUCCUCUGUCUAUCUGUACUACCACCCAGACUUUGCCUCACUGUCUCUGGGCUCCUACUCUGCUCUCAGGGAGAUCGCUUUCACCCGGCAGCUGCAGAAACAGUCCCCCAAGCUGUGCUACUACUACCUGGGCUUUUACAUUCACUCCUGUCCCAAGAUGCGGUAUAAGGGGCAGUACCGGCCGUCAGACCUCCUGUGCCCGGAGACCUAUGCCUGGGUAUCAAUAGAGCGAUGCCUACCGCAGCUGGAGAACUCCCGCUAUGCUCGUUUCAACCAGGAUCCAGAUGCAGGAGAUGCCCGAGUCCUGAAGGAUGUGGGCAGAGCGCUUGUGCUGUACAGACGUGCCGCCAUGCCUUAUGCCGCCUACUCCCGCAAACGCAAGGGCUCCAGCGAUGAGACGGAGGUGCAGCAGUACGCCGGCUUGGUUGGCCAGGACUGUGCCGAAAGGAUUUUGCUCUACCGCGCUUAAACACACCACUUGCACCUUUUUAAAAUAGGUUAAUACACACCUCCCAGCAAUGGCUGUCUGUCUGUGUGUCUGUAUGUCUGUAUGUCUCCUCACACCGCCUGUGAAAGUGCUUUCUGCUGCCCAUGUAGUCUUCACCGUGCUUCGCUCCAGACAGGCUGGAACGAUGCAUCAGCCAUCUACUGUAUGUAUCUAUCAAUUCACUCAUUGGCCUCAUACAUUUGUGAUGUCUCAUGUACAUUUAUUUUAUGGGUUAAAUAAUUUCUGAAGCAUAAAUUCUCAGUUUCCCUCUUGUGCAUCCUUGUUUUUUUUUUCAUUUUAACUCCAUACAGGGACCAGACCCUUGUGUGCUCUCUUAAUCUACUGUUCUUAUCACUUCGAUUUUUUUAUUUCGGUGCGCUCCUUUCCUGCAGCCGCACUAAGGUGAGAGCGCUCCUUUCCUGAACAGUCGUGGGUUCAGAUCCAUGUCAGCAUUGCCACUUGAAGAGAAUGUUGAAUGAUGAGAAUUUCGAAGGUGGCUUUCAGUUGCUCACGAUGCGUAUCAAAACUUCAAGCUGACGCGGAACUACACCAAGACAUUUAUCACAGGCUUCAUGUAACGCAAAGAAAUCACCAUGUUUAAUGUUUUUGUCUGUUAUAUUUAUAGCUUUAUUUGCUUUUCUUUUAAUAUCGACGCUGUUACUUUUGUUUAAAUCAAAUAAAGGGGUUGCAUAUUC